UGCUCUUCAGACGCUAAUCAGACAAGAACCCUACUCUCCUGGAUCAUUAUUGGCUUUUUUCCCACUGGAAAACUGAACACAUGCAAAAUGUACUAUUGUGGCACUUUGGCUCUUCUGAACGUCAUUGUCAUUCAUUUGACAAGUGUCGAACCCAUGGAAGACCGAGGCAGGUUACUUACAAUGGAAAACUCUCACCAAUACUCUGGUCACCUUGGAAAUGUGGAGGGAGAAGCCCAUUUUGACUUUAAGGCUUUCCUGGAGAACCUGAAAGCUGAUCUUUUGAGGAACUUGAAUUUAUCAGAAAUACCUUCACAAGAGAAGAUGAAAGAGGAACCACCUCAAUUUAUGAUUGAUUUGUAUAACAGAUAUACCAAGGACAAGUCAUCCAGCCCCAUAUCCAACAUUGUACGCAGCUUCAGUCCUGAAGAUAUUGCUUCUCUCCCUUCAAUAGAAAUGAAUCCAUUUCAGAAAUACACCUUGCUUUUCAAUGUCUCCAUCCCAUGGCAUGAAGAAGUUACCAGAGCUGAACUGAGAAUUCACAUUGUUUGCCAGAAGGAGGCAGAGUGUUUCUCUCACUUUCAAGGAAAUGUGGUCAUUUAUGAUGUCCUUGAAGGAAAUCAUUACGAGAAGGCAAAAGACAUCAAAUCCUUCCUAUUCUCCAAAGAAAUCCAAGAAUGUGGCUGGGUGAUCUUUGAUGUGUCUGGCACUGUUCAAAGAUGGGUCAAAACAGAAAAAACAAAGGCUAUCAGUCAGCUGGAGAUUGCUCUGGAGAGUUAUGUUCAAAGUGAUCUUACCUGUGGGAAUCUGCACAUCAGUGUAACCACAGAUUCCAACCAUCUGCCCUUGCUGAUAGUGUUUUCCAAUGACCAUGGUAACAGAAUUAAGGAGAACCACAUGGAACUUCAGGAAAUGAUGGUGCAUGAACAGGAAAGUGUGCUUCACUUAGUAAAGAACAACACUGCCCACAAACAGAAUGCUUUGUCUGCCCAUGGGAUCCGCCUUCCUUCAUCCAGAAGCAAACGGAGUGUUGAAAUCAACCACUGUCGGAGAACUUCUCUCCGUGUGAACUUCAAAGAAAUUGGCUGGAACUGGAUCAUUGCACCCCAAGAUUAUGAGGCAUUUGAGUGCAAAGGUGGCUGCUUCUUUCCUUUGACUGAUAAUGUCACCCCAACCAAACAUGCUAUCGUCCAGACUUUGGUGCACUACAAGAACCCCAAGAAAGCAGCCAAAGCCUGUUGUGUCCCCACUAAGCUGGAUGCAAUUUCCUUGCUUUAUAAAGAUGAUGCUGGAAUCCCCACUCUCAAAUACCACUAUGAGGGGAUGACAGUAGCAGAAUGUGGCUGCAGGUAGUAUCGGCCGGGGACCUCUCUUUCAUAAUUUAAAUAUGAAGUUAUGUAUGCAGGCCCUUCUCUGUGGCUCCUGC